CUAUUUGUUUCGUCCAUUCUGGGCUACUGUGGAAACAACAUGGCAGUCUCCAUGAACAAGGACCUGCUUCUGGAUAUGAAAGGCUCAUUCUAAGAAACAAUGAUGUUUGCAUUCGUCCUGUCUGCUCGCCUGCUGCAGCUCCCGGGCUCACCGACAGAGGGGGACAAACACACGGCUGCUUGGAUGGAGAGUUGGUGUAACAUUGUCAUAAGCCUGAGGGGGGCAGAAUGCCGGAGCAGAGCAACGACUAUCGCGUGGUGGUGUUCGGGGCAGGGGGAGUGGGGAAAAGUUCCCUGGUCCUACGCUUCGUGAAGGGCACCUUCAGGGAUACCUACAUCCCCACAGUGGAGGACACCUACCGCCAGGUGAUCAGCUGCGAUAAGAGCGUGUGCACCCUUCAGAUCACCGACACCACAGGGAGCCACCAGUUUCCAGCCAUGCAGCGCCUGUCCAUCUCUAAAGGCCACGCCUUCAUCCUGGUCUACUCCAUCACGAGCAAACAGUCUCUGGAGGAGCUCAAACCCAUUUACCAACAGGUCUUGGCCAUAAAGGGCAACGUCGAGGCCAUCCCCAUCAUGCUUGUGGGCAACAAGAGUGAUGAGACCCAGCGGGAGGUGGAGACCAAGGACGGGGAAGCCCAGGCCAACCAAUGGAAGUGCGCCUUCAUGGAGACGUCGGCCAAGACCAACCACAACGUAACUGAGCUCUUCCAAGAGCUCCUCAAUCUGGACAAGAAGAGGAACAUGAGCCUCAACAUCGAUGGCAAGCGCUCGGGAAAGCAGUCCCGCGCAGAGAGACUGAAGGGCAAAUGCAGCGUGAUGUAAUUCCCGGAGAGGAGGAGAGGGGAGGUGGAGGUUGAGAGAGAGGGUGGAAGAAAUACAAAGAAAAGGAGGAAAAGAGGGAAGACGAGAGAGAGAGAGGAGGGACUCACUGAGAGCAAAAUGUCUUGAAGGCAACGGGAAUCUCAUCAUCCUCCUCUGUUUGACUGGUGCAUUCACAAACACAGUUAUUUUUGAGAACAUCCAGGAAUUUCAGUUUUGGGAGCUUUACAUCCAUGUGCAUUCUGCUAAAAGGAGCGAUGAGGGGGGGCUGACGCAGAGUAUGGAGAGGCAAAUUAAAAAAAUAAGAAGUGUGCGUCGCAGAUAAAUUACCUGUGGACGUCAGCCAUAGUCGGAAACAGCGUGGACUUUUACAUCAUUAAAGUGCCACAAUUUUUGGCAGAGGAGCUCAUCGAGACAUUGGACUGCAAUAAAAACCACAGACUGCAGCACCGCUUGAAAAACAAGACUGAAAGUUUCUGAUCCAAGUGUCCUCUCUCACUUCUGCAUCUAACCCCUCCCACACUGCUCAGCUCACAUCCCUCAUCAUCCCUCAUCCGUCGCAUCGUAACAAAUAUAGAGUCGUGAGUAUGAAACAGAGUCGUUACUUAAGCUCACUUAUCUGGUAGAAACACUAUUUUAAGAGACAGUCCGCCAUGCUAGAAAAUGCAGGUUUGAGACUGCGAGCGUUGACGACGUUACAGCAGCAAAACAUGCGAACCAGCUACAUCCCAGAGCCACUCCGCAGGACUCUGAUGUAUAUAAACAUGGGGUAUUUAAAUAUAUUCCAUCUAGUCUACACAUGUGCCGCCAAACUCAAUCUUCUCAUCCUAAACAUCCUGUCCUGAAAGAUUAAAAAAGAUCCUACUUUACCUUUUAUCGAGCUGCCAUUAUGUUAAAAAAUCAUCACAUACGUCCUCAUCUGAAGUGGAGAAGCAUCCAGCGGCAGGGUAUUCACACAAAGAUAUGACGCAACAAUCCUUUUAAGACUCUCAUCUAGUGUAGGAUGAAAUCAAAGCUGGACUCUCAUCAAACGCAGGAAACAGAAAUUCAAGUCUGCCUUGUCUACGAGGACAAUACACUCGGAUAAUCAUUGCCAAGCUGGUAAGACGAAAAGGGAUGAUUUUCGGUUGCGAAGUCAAGAAUGUCAGUUUACUUUGGCACCUUUCAUGUGAAGGUUUCUCUUCUUUUGCCUUUUUUUCUCUUGUUUGUUUGUUUAUGAUGCUCUUUAAAGUCAUGUAAAAGUCAAAAAGCCCUCCUUAAACAAAAAGCACACAGAGGAAAAUAAAUAAAUAAGGUAUGGAUGUAAAAUCGCCCCAUGCUGAUUCUUCAGUGUGACCCGAUUCGCUUAAUUCUGUUUCCUCUUUGGUUGGUCGCAUUACCUCUCAUGCAGGCUUCAGUUAACAGGAAACAGAAUGGGUCACAUUUACACACACAGCAUGCACAAAUGCAUCCAUGCAAGUGUUUAAAAAAAAACCAGUAACACCGUUGACUGAUUACAUGAAGACAAACACUCAGCCUCAAUGCCCUCACAUUGCACUUUAUAUCAUAACCACACACACACACACACACACACACACACACACACACACACAGAGCUGUAAUUUCUCAUGUUUUUGCCUCGCUUAAUAUCCUGGAGCAAUAGCUCUACUGUAUGUCCAAAGUGCAUGUACACACCCUUUUUUUCCGCGCAGGAGCUCUGAAUAUUGUACACAGUGUACACAGGACAGCCAAAAGCACAAUACUUUUUUACCAACAUAUCUAUUUGUACUUUUUUUUGUAUGGUUUUCUUCCUUUUUUGUCUCCUUUGUGCGCAUCUUUAACAUUUAUUCACCAGUCCAGAACAUGGAGAAACAAUCGCAUCACGAUCACCGGUAGCUUCUCGAUGUUAAAGUGUUUUAUUUGUCCCGUACAUGGCACAAUGAGGUUGUGGUUCUGCUGAACAACAGGGUAAUCGAUGAUGUGACAGGUUCGCUGUGGAGUUCGUAAAUGCGACUACAGGAUUGUAGUAAGACGCAGAGGAGGGUCAGAUUAUUUGUCUACUUUUCUCCAUCUCUCAGGCGGUUUUAACAACAAUUUGGGUGGAGGAUAAUCUGCUCCUGUACUGUUAAACCCAAAGACACAGAUGAUGCCCCUUUUAACUGUGUGUCCAUCUAUCUGGAUAAAAAAAAGAAAAGCACAGCAACUGUUUCCGUCUGUCUCCUUCUCUGUCUUUAUGUGUGCAGCAGAAUCAACAACUGGGCACUUUAGGGUGACAUUUUACUUGAAGUCUUGCUUAUUAAUCAGCAAUGCCUCAUUUAUAAGCACCAUGUAAAAUGUCCCUCCUGCAUUAUUCUCACCCACAGACCCACAUAAACGUGUAGUUAUUGUAAAUAAAGCAUAUGGUAGUUGAAUGAAAUGUUUAUAAGAGCUUCAAGUAAGAUGUUACCCAUGUAAAGAUAAAACUAUACCCGCUGUCUUUCUGGGAAUAAGUCCUUUGUAACCAGGAAAUGUUGUUACAGUAGGAGGUUUGAUGUUGCUAUGUACUGUAAUAUACAGCUUAAUAAUGAUGCUCAUGAUAUAUUGUAUUUGACACAUCCACUCUUCAGAUCUAUCAGUCAGAUAAUACUAGCAAAAUGUGAAUAUGUAACUAAAGGUUCAAACUCCAUGGCUUUUUUAAAAAAAUUUAUUUUGAAAGCUGAAUGAAUCUGUUGUUAUCGAUGUGUUGUACUUUGCACUAACGUGAGGUCCUGUUUAACUCAAAAAUCUGCAUUGUAAAAUGUACCCUUUACCUGUUAGAUGCCAGGGAUGCUCACUUGUACUCUUUGUUAUUAUUAUUUUUCUCACCAGUUUAUAUUUUUAAAAAGUUGUAUUUGAAACUGUAUUGGUUUGUUUUAGAUGCCAGAAAGAUGGAGUGAUUUAUGUCAUGUAAUUACAUGAUGUGUCCAUCUAAAGGCAUGGGUGGAUUACUAAAUGGGCCUACAGGGCACAGGUUCAGAGGCCCCAAGUGGCAGGGGCCGCCUGGCUUUCACCUGCAAAACUCAAAAAAACAUGUACAGACCAGGAAGAGACUCAGAAUGACCACAAAGAGACUCAAAGCAACUACAAUGAAAUUCAAAUGACUAUUAAGAAAAAAAUACUAAAAAAAUGGCGAAAAGCAACUAAAAACACUCAAAAUGACCACAAAGAGACAAAAAGCAACUACAAAUAGAUUCAAAAUGACUUCAGAAAGAGGCAAAUCAACUACAAAGGACUUAAAAUGACCACAAAAAAGGAUACAAAAUAUCUACAAAAGGACACAAAGGAACUACAAAGAAAUUACUACUUUAAGGGUUAGAAUGACCGAAAAGACUCAAAACAACUACAGAUGCAGAACAGCUGCAAACUAUGAAAAGGGCCAUCUAUCAGGAGACACAGGAAAACUACAAAACACAUAAUUGACCACAAAGAGACACAAAAUGACUAAAAACAGAUGCAAAACAGCUGCGGACUAUAAAGGGGCAAAACAACCAUAAAGAGACAAAUGGCUACAAAGUUACACAGACCAAUUACAGACUGAAGAGACACAAAACCACAGAGAGAUGCAUCACAAUUUCAAAAAGACUCAGUGUCUCCAGUGAAGAAGAAGUGGUGGGGCCCUCUGCAUGUCUGUACCCAGGGGCCCAUUUUCUCCUAAGCCACCUGUGUUUAAAGGUAAAAAAAAAAAAAAAAAAACCUGGAAAUUAUCUUUGUAACUAUCAAGCAGUUCUGGUCUGACGUGAUGUGUGGCUACUGGCAGCGGUGGUGCACACGCUGCAUAAAUAUGAGUUUCUGACACGUCUGGUUGCUUCACGCAAAUGCCAGCUUGCGAGCGCAUGUUUGUGCAAUCUGUUGUUCUGCUGACGUCUACGGGAGACUGUCGUUGCUCAUGUUCCUGCGUGGAAUAUGAUACAGCAGGGAGGGAAAAACAAUGAGACAGCGUGCGAGAGCAGUAUGGACAACAAGCUGGAGCGAGAGGCAGCGUUAUUAAUAGAAGUAGUGUGAAAAAACGGCACUAACUAACCAGCCUGCGUAAGAUUCAAAUGUGCAUGUGAGGAGGCGUGCAUGGGAAGUGUGUGAGCGUUUGUUGAGUUUCUUGGGCUGUGUGAGCUAAAUGCUGGCAUGAAUCAGGACAGACACCUCUGCCCCCGUCCUUCCAUGGCUUGUCUCAUCUCAUUCAUCAAUGAAGCAUAUUCACUGCUCUGUGUGUGUGUGUAUGUGUGUGUGUGUGUGUUUAUCUUUGUGUUUGUGUGUGUGUGUGACCAUGAGUGGGUCCAUCUUUGUGUGCAAUCAGCCACCUAUUUGCAUCCCCUCACUGCGGCCUGCACGAGUGUUUAUGCGUGCAUGUUUGUGUGCUGUUGUUGUGCCAUCUUAUCAAAUGUCUGUCAGAUGUUUGACGCUUUCCUGUGGAGAAUGCCUACACAUUUCUGCAUGAGUCAUCCUGCUCAAACACACCCCUUUACACACACACACACACACACACACAAGUAUAUAAAACAGGCAUGGAGGCAAAAUAGACAGACUGCAUGCUACACACACACACACACACACACACACACACACACACACACACACACACACUUCUUCUUCUACACACAUAUUACUUUCACACAGGCCUUGUCAGUGAAACCUCAUUUUCUCACUGGCUGUUUUUUUCUGCUCUGCGCUGUCGUACAGGCACCACCGUCAGCACUACUUCUCCAUAAAUCAUCUGUCCGCCCAAAGAAAUCUUGAGUAUCUUUCACGGUCAUCCCUUCAGUUUUUUUUUCUUGUGUUUGUGAGUCGGUUGCAUUUGAACAGACGGAAGGCCGACCCUGCUCACACCUGAUUGUAGAUAGCUGUAAAUAGUGUUCAAAGGACUUAAUAUUUCAGAGAUGAGAGAAGAGAGUGUGCAGAGGAAAUGAUGCUGUGGUGGGAAGGUGCCAUCAGCUGCCUUUCCUUUUCAUAGUCAAAGUGGCUGAUUUGAAGCAACGGGGCAAGAGGUUUCUUUGGAGGAGAUUUGGUGACUUUGUGUCAACUCCACCAGCUGUCAUGAAGUCAUUGAAACUUUGGGCUUUUUUCAAAGUGUGCUAUAAUGUUCUCUUCAAGAAAAGCAGUUAAUUGACUUUAAAAGGGGAAAUGUACGGCAGCCCAAAGUGACCGAUAUUCAAUAAAUUUAUUAAGAUGUAAAAUGAAUAAUCAUAUGACUAAAUGAUGAUAAAAUAAAGAGCAUAACCAUGAAAUUGUGAAAGAAUCCAAUUAAUGUUUAAAA